AUGUCUGAAUUAAAUGAUUCCAGACCCCAGAGGGGUAGAUGGGUCAGCUGGUGGUAUUCCAGAGGUAGUUCUGAUACAAACGGAGAGGCAAAUCCAAGUACAGGCUCGAAUAGUAAUAAUAGUGGUAAUAACAAUAAUAACAAUAAUAAUGAUAAUAACAAUAACGAUAACGAUACAAAGGCCAUUCACGAUGAAGGCAGAAAUGUAGAAUUUCAAGGUAGCGCUGAUAGUGAGAUGCCAAAUGAAGUUGCCAAGGAACAGCCCACUGGUUGGUAUUCCAGUAUAAUGUCCAAGAUGCCAUCAAUUCCAUUCGUUCGUAACAGACAAGAAGCACUUGUAAUAGAUUCAAAUGCAAGAUAUUCUCAACUGAAUGAUCCUCAAGUGGAAUAUUUGGAAGUAGAAGCCAAGGAGACUAUUGUACGACGAAAUAAUACUUGGUGUUGGUAUGAAAACUUGACAGAUAUUACUGCUGAAUGUUCCACCUGGGGGGAUAGACCUGGUGUGGUUAGUGUUUAUAGUACAGGCUCAGCACAUUGUCCUUUACCAUUGCCACAUUAUCCAAUCUCAGAUGGUUGUCGCGGUUAUCACGUAUACAUCAAGAAUUCUCUGAUCUUACCUUCUGAUUCACCAUCGCAAACUUUGCAUGAACAAUCUUGGCUCAGUAAGGCUGCAACAGAAGUCAAGAACUACUACAAUUUCCCCAACGAAAAGCACCUCUAUUUAAAGAAGAUUACAGAGGGUCUCCUAAGGGAAAGAAAGGUCGUCAUCAUAUCGCUAGUGGGGAAUUUACCUGAGAAAUACAAAAAGCUUACACUAGGCGAUCAAAGAUCAGCUCAUUACUUGGCUACCAAAUUAGCACUUUCAUUGCAGCGUGAAAUGCCUUCAAAAAUUGAAUCUCUUUCGUUUGAAUGUCCACUAGAUAGCAAGGAUUUAACAAUUGUAUUCCAAGAAUGCAUUGAGCUAUUGAAAAAUUGGACACAUAUUUUGCACGAUGCAGAUGCCAUAUUUGUGGAAAGUGUUUACCAUGCAGUACCGUUGGCGAUCUCUUUAACCAAAUAUAUUCUACAGAACCACGAAUCUUUCCAAUUCCGUCCUACGAUUCCUGUGGGGAUUUUGGCUAUUGAAUCCUCCUUACAAGGCUACAGAUUUUGGGAUCACAGUGUCGAUUUAAGUAAUAGCAGUGAGCAGGAUUAUCACAAAAUUCAACAAAAUAGAGAGAAGCAAUUGUUUCAGGGUGCCAGUAAAGUAGAACGAGAGACUUUGAGUAAACUAACAAGUUAUCGUAAAUUAAACUCAGACGAAUCUAGAUUGGUGCAAAAGGAUUUGAAUUGGUUACUCACCAAUUGGGGUACAUUUAGACUUAAUUUGUUUGGUAAACUUUUUGAUAAUUUUAUGACUGUGUCUCAAAAAUUAGCCAUCGAUUACGUUCACCCCAAAAUCUUUAGGCAUUUAUGGUGUGAUGGGAGGUCCCUAGGGUUGGAUACUAGAAAUCCAGAAGAAUUGGGCAUUCCAGAUGUUAACAUCAGGACUCCAGAAUAUGAAAAUAACGUCUCGGUGCCAAAGAACCGUAGAUUCGAAAUAUCGCUAAUAGGUAACAUUUUAUUAGCAUUGAAUUUGGGUAAUACGAAAUUCGUACCCAUUUUGAAACUUAUUAGUCCUUUCUUCAUCUCCAGAUCUUUUAAUGAGAAUACGAUAUCUCCAACUUUAAGAAAAGCUACGCAACAAGAAUUAAAAAUAUGGACCCAAGAGAUGGAUGCCAGAUGGAAAAUACUCAAUUCUUCAGACCAAAUCCCAGAUGAAUUGCCAGAGGAAGUAUCUACGGUUUACAAAUUUUUGAAGUUCUCUCACUAUCAAAAUCUCAAGAAUCCUGAUAUUAUGACACUGUAUUGUGAGAUCUACGACGAUGACUGUGUUUACAAGACUUUCAUCGAAAAUACCAUGAAAACUAGGUCUCCACUCAACAGAAAACACCUAGUGCUCCUAAAUGACCAUUCAACCCCACAGAGCAUUUUAAACACGGUAAAUCAGUAUGAUUUGGUUUGGAAAUUUCACGAGUGUUUGUCUGACUACAUGAAGUUACGCAAUUUACCAAGUCAAAUGCACCUACCAAACCUUUUUUUCGUGAUAUCACUCGAUCGUUGGUUCUGGAAACCAGCGCAGUCAAACCCAACGUCAUUUAGAAAGGAUAAUUCUGAGGCCUUAGCAAGAUUACAACAGUUAUGGGAGAGUUAUCAAGACUGGGAUCCACCCACAAGGGGUCUUAAACAAUUAAGAAAUAUCUUAAGUGUGCUCUCCUUAUACAGUGAUUCUACUGAGAUGUUACAUGACAUAGAACAUAAAUAA